ACCACAUCUUCGCGGCAUAAAUUCUAAUUAUUGCCCACCGACUCUAUAACGCGGGCAACGCUCGGGGCAACGUGGGAAAGGAGUAAGCAAGUUUUUUAGGCGGCACAUACGAGAGGCAAGAGUCGUCUGUGUCACUCUGCACUGUGCUCCCGUAUUCUCUCGAGGUCUUAAAGGGCGUGAGAAGCUAAAGAACAUGAGUGAUACUCCCUCCCAACCUACGGAACUCAGCCAAGAGGAGAUGCGGCAUCGGAGGCUGCAGAGGCUCGGGGGUCUGUCCCUACAAGGCUCCUCCCCUCCCUCCCUCACACCCUCCCCAGGCACCUCCACCCUCCCGCACACCAAGACCACCUCCCCCGAGGGACGCAAGGCCACACCCACCUCAUCAGCCACCCGUGGUGAUGUAAUGGAGGUGGAGCCUCUCCCACUGCACCGUCAGAAGAAGGCCCGUAGUCCCAGGACCACGCCCACUAUUCUGACGGAUCACGUGAUCCGGCCCAAAGCCAAACGGAGCUACACGGGGGAGCUGGCACGGGCCCACUCCCUCCCCUCUCCCUCCACCCCUCACUCGUCACUCAUCUCACUCCUGUCACAGAUUUUCAGAGUCUCCCUUCCAGUAACGGGCUCUAACGGAGCUGGCAGCAAAGACUUUGUCCCUCUACCUCAGUUGUCACAACAGCUGAGAGAUCUUGGAGAAAGUGCCUAUGUAGACGUAAGGGACUUGGCGUCUCAACUGUUAAUGGAGAGAAUCCCUCUUUUCCACGAGGCGAGAUUGGAUCAAGGCACGACGGUGGCAGAUGGUCCUUCCUCCCUCCCGUCCUAUCUCGCUGACCACACCCAUUCCUCCGCCCCCUCCUCGUCGCUUGCUCCCAGACUGACCAAUCAGAUCGCAGGCGAGGGAGCAAUGGCCUACCUCCUGGACUGCUAUGACCGAUCAUUGCACGAGUCUCGUUCCACUCUCAAAGUCAGGUCUCCUGAGGUGGACAGAGCUGCGGUGUUGUCGGUCGUGUCUCAGAUUGUUGUCUCUUUCUCGUCCCUCCUUCUGACUGACUGGCUGGACCCUCCUCACCUCCAGAUACCCACGUCAGAGUGCCCCUCCCUCCUUCUCCCCCACCUCCUCUCCCACCCUCCUCUGCCCACUGGAUUCCUCCCUGAUCUCAUCCUCCAUUGCCACACCCACUCCCUCCCCGACGAGAACCUCCUCCACUCUGUGUUCCAUCCCCUCCUGGUGAACCUCCAGGAGCUCGCUCUCCAUGCCAACCCUCUCUGUGACAAUGUGUGCGACAUCUUCUUCGCCAUCUCCGAGCUCACCAGUGUCAAAUCUGAGGGGAACUUUCGACCCAUUUGCUCUCUGAUGACGUCUGAUCGGCUGUGGCUGACAAGUUCCGAUGAGGGGUGCCACGCCCUCCAAUUCCAGACUCUGAUUGGUCCGUUUCUCUCCCUCUCGGGCCUCCUCCUGGAGUGGGCGGGGCCAACCGACAAGCUCCACCCACGUCACACACCCAACGAGGCACUGUCUGCUCUGACCGAGACCAUCACUCAGAAAUUGAACAUUUGCAGGAACGAGAUGUUCAAGGUGCUUCACAGUGUCCUCAGAUGCACGGAGACCAGGUCCAAGGCGCUGGACUUCUUUCAGGCCACGCUCUCACUCAACUCUCGCCGGGCUAACCUGCAUGUUGAUCGACACGUAGUCAGCAGUGACGGGUUCAUGUUGAAUCUCUCUGUCGUCAUGCAGAAACUGUGCGACAAGAUCAAACCAUCCAUGGUGGAUCCUCACUAUCUCUACAGACCCAACUCAAGACUAGAACUCACUUCCUCUGAAACCAGAAUUUGCUGCUCAUCUAAAUGGUUCACCGACACUCAAUCACAACUGGAGACGAGAGGAGUGUUAUCGGGGCAAGUGAAGUUCCCCACGGAAUGUUUCCUAAUGACGGUACAUUGCGUUCACCUCACGUGGACAACGGCCAUCCGCCACCUUCGAGAACUGAGGAGAGAGCUCUACCAAAUAAGGAGAAACCUCCGUCUAGGGAAUGUCCCUUCACAGGUGUCCCAGCAGCUGAAGGGGAGAGAGAGUGUGCUGCAGAAGAUGGUGACCAACAUGGAAGGUCUGAUUCUAGAAGAUACCGAGACCCUGGGCCUCACCAUGACCUUUCUCUGUCAGCUGGCAAGGUGGCUGUGUCUGCAACUGGCUGGACCUGAUGAGGAGAGUCCCUCCCUCCCGCUGCCAGAGAGCGUCCCAGUGGAGUUUGCAGUUGUUCCGGAGUUCUUCCUCGAGGUCAUCGCAGACUUCCUCAUCUUUGCCGCGCAGUAAGUGACAGCUGCUCCUCCUCACUCCAAAUGAGGGACUUCUUCCUAGACAAGAGUUUGUAGUGUAAAGAUUCCUGAUUGAUUGAGAAUCCCGAACGUACGGUGAAGCACUUCCGCCACAAUGGGACGGAAGAAAGUGUCCUUAUUAGAGAGGUGUCCUCAUUUCAGGGGUGUCCUUAGAGAGGUGUCCUCAUUUCAGGGGUGUUCUUAGAGAGGUGUCCUCAUUUCAGGGGUGUUCUUAGAG